ACGGGUCAUAUCAGCUGUGUUUGUGUGAUAUGUGGCCGCCCGGUUUCGACAAACUCAUCAAACUGGUAUCUGGGUGAGGCAAAAUUCGGAAAGGAAGGGACCGUAGGCCUAAUAAAUGAACUGUGCUUGUUCCAGAAUUAAGAUCUAAGCUAACGGGCACAAGCGACUUGACUGAAGUUCAUUUUUUUGUGUGAAAGACACCGGGAAAACCACUAUCCACAAUGUGCGGUAUCUUUGCUUAUCUUAACUACCUCGUGCCAGCAACAAGGAAAGAAAUUUUAGAUAUUCUCAUCAAUGGCUUGAAACGCAUGGAAUACAGAGGAUAUGACUCAGCAGGUCUUGCAAUUGAAGGUGCUGAGGGCAAUGAAGAUAGCAGAAUUCGUAUCCUCAAACAGACUGGCAAAGUGGCUGCUUUAGUAAAAUUGGUUGAAGAGACAACUGACCUUGACCUGAAAAAAUCAUUUGAUACACAUGUGGGUAUUGCACAUACCCGCUGGGCCACACACGGAGAGCCUAGCCCUCAGAAUGCUCAUCCUCAAAGAUCUGAUCCGAACACAGAAUUUGCUAUCAUCCACAAUGGUAUCAUCACCAACUACAAGGACAUCAAAUCUUUUCUGGUACAGAAAGGCUUCACAUUUGAGACAGAAACAGACACAGAAGUUGUGGCCAAGCUCAUCAAGCAUUUGUAUGACUCACACAGAGAGCAGAAGCUCAAGUUUCGGGAACUCAUUGAGAUGACCAUUGCUCAACUGGAAGGGGCCUUUGCCAUAGCUGUGAUGAGUAAACAUUAUCCUGGGGACAUUGUGGCAACAAGACGUGGUAGCCCUCUCCUUGUUGGGGUGAAGAGCAACACAAAACUGAGCACAGAUCAUAUCCCCAUCAUGUAUGGCAAAGAUCACCGGGGUUUCCUGGGAGGAAGUCAAGGUAGAAAGGAUGAGGAGACGGAGUACCACCCAGCCGGUCCUCACAAGGAGAUUGAAUAUUUUUUUGCUUCUGACGCUAGUGCCUUCAUUGAACAUACCAACCAAGUUAUCUUCCUUGAGGAGAAUGAUGUGGCUGCUGUGCACGAGGGUGUGCUCAACAUUCACCGCGUCUCUCGCACUCUGGACGAAGCUACAUAUCGGGAAGUCAUCACACUUAAGAUGGAAAUUGAGCAAAUCAUGAAAGGAAGUUUCAGCUCCUUUAUGCAGAAGGAGAUCUUUGAACAGCCCGAGUCUGUGGUGAACACCAUGCGAGGCCGCGUCAACUUUGAGACCAACACUGUCAUACUGGGCGGCAUCAAAGACUACAUGAACGAGAUCCGUCGCUGUCGCAGGCUUCUGUUCAUCGCUUGUGGCACCAGCUAUCACAGUGCUAUAGCGACUCGUCAGUUGAUUGAGGAACUGACAGAGCUUCCUGUCAUGGUGGAGCUAGCCAGCGACUUUCUGGAUCGCAACACGCCGGUCUUCAGAGAUGACGUUGUUUUCUUCAUCAGUCAGUCAGGCCUACACCAGCCAGUUCAUUGCCCUGGUCCUGUUUGCUCUGGUCAUGAGUGAGGACCGCAUCUCUCUCCAGCCACGCAGAAUGGAAAUUAUCAAUGGGCUUAAGAAACUGCCAGAAAAUCAAAGAGUUGACAUACAUGCAUUCGGAAGGCAUCCUGGCAGGCGAGCUCAAACAUGGCCCCCUGGCUCUAGUGGACAAGGCUAUGCCUGUACUCAUGGUGUGCACGAGGGACAAGGUGUUUACGAAAUGCGUCAAUGCUCUGGAGCAAGUCAAAGCUCGGCAUGGCGAACCGUUGUUGAUCUGCAAUGCAGGCGACACAGAGACCCAGUCUCAGGUCAACAACUUCAUCGAAGUACCUGAGACCAUUGACUGUCUUCAGGGCAUUCUCACUGUCAUUCCCAUGCAGCUCCUCUCCCUGCACAUAGCAGAGCUGAGGAAAUUGGACGUGGACUGUCCACGCAACCUAGCAAAAUCUGUUACAGUGGAAUAGCUUUCCAUGUACUGGCUGUAGUCCAUACGGACCAACCGCGUCAUCUGCUGAAAACUUACACCAGCUAAGCGAGGGUUAACUCUACACUUUGACCUGUGAACUAGAGACUACAACUCCAGCAUUGUUUCGUUAUUGAUGAUGGACAUGAACUUAUACCUAUUUAAAACUAUGUGAUAUGAGAUGAGAUUCUUUUUCUGAAAUUUUUUGGUACUGAUUUCCAUGCGCUAAAUGUCAAAUAUAGUACACUUGCUUUUUGCUUCCUAUUGAGCGUGUAAUAUGCCAAGUGCUGACCUAUCAGUAUCAGUGGUGCAGGUGUUACCAUUUUGACCAAACGAAUUAUGUUUGGGAUGUUUUACUUUCUACUUUUUGGCUUUUCUUUUAUAGGAAACACAAGUUUUUUUCCCUAAUGCGUGUUAGAAGACUUUUUACACAUUUAAUUCUCUUUUUACUCUUAUCAACAGCUGCAGUCAAGUCCCUUGUUUAUUUAAUUAUCCUGAAGUACUUUCAACUUUAUUGGGAUUUGAAUAUAUAGUAGUUUUAGAACCUACGCAACUUACAGCUGACAUGUGUAUUUGUGUAAUUUGUAAUGGUUUAACUCAAACUGCAUGAAUCUCAUGUGAAUUGUUUGAUUAAGACAGGGUUGGGUUUUUGGCUUUUUGCAUUCUAGCUUUUAACCCUAUCCAUACGCUCUGGGGUCAUUUUGUACCCCCGGGGUCAUUUUGUACCCCCGGGGUCAUUUUGUA